GGGGGCAGGAGAGGGCGGGGCGGGGCGCCCUGCGAGCGGAGCUGCGUCCGGCCUCUGCGCCCAGGGCCCCCGGUUGCCUUCGCAGCGCAGUGUACUGGGCACUUCACAGCGGUGAUUCCAGGCCCACAUGCAGAAGCUGGCCCCGUGGCCCAGGGCCGGCCAGAAGGCCCGUGGGGGAGGUUCCAGGGGGUGAACCCCGCCGGUGAGGUCUGCAGCUGGGGGCGCGGGGCGGCGGGGAGUGGGCCCUAGGUCACGCGGGGCAGACGGCGGCGCCCACCAGCGGCCUCCAUGCACAGGGAGGCGGCGGGAGGGGCCCACGCCCAAGCCGCGGGUUGGGGGCUCCGGGCCCCAAGGAGCCCUCCCUGAACUAUCCCCACCUGCCCGAGCCUCCCCCCAGGCGCUUGCGGCCCAGCGCCCCAGACACUGCCGCCCUCCCCUUCCCGCAGAGGCAGGGCCCCCUCCCACAGCGGGCCUCCACCCGGAGUCACCCGGGGCCCACGCCAGCACCCAGCACGCACGUGCAUGGCACCACCGCUCCGUGCACCAGAGUCCUCUGUGUCACACAACUUGUGCCCCCCCCCCCCCGGGGGUUUGCUCGGGGCUGAGCAGGAGCUGGGGCAGGAGACAAAGGCCGAGCCCCCUCACCCGCUACUGGCCUCAGCACCUGAGCGCCUACAGGCCCCAGGGACGCCCGAGGCUCUGAGCUGCCCCCCACGUCCACCCGCGUCCCCGACACGGCUCCUGAGCUGGCAAACAGCUGCGCAGGCCAAGGGGGUCCAGGCUGACUGUGGAGGGAAGACCCGAGCUCUGCCCCGGGAGCGCAGCAGGAGCUCUGGCCAAGGCCGCCCGUGGGGUGCGCCCUCUGCGCAUGACCCCCAGAUCCGGGUGGUGGAAGUGCACCUGCAGACUCCACGGAAACACGACUGACAGCGGAACAGCACUUUAAAGACGGCCACCUGCACCCCGCAGCGAGUCACUGGUGGGGCACAUCUGCUGGUGCACACCCGGCCACGGCGCGUCCUGCUGCCUGCUGGCCGCCUGCCCUCGGCAAUCCACACGCACGUGCACACGCACUUAGCCAGCGGCCUCUGCCCGCCCAGCACACAGAACAGAGCCCGGGGCCCUAGCGGCCCAGUGCACAGCGGUCGCGGGGACACGGCACCCACGCUCCGGCAGAGACCAGCCCGUGUCACGGCAGAAUGGGGGAGGAUGGGGGGUGAAGACACCAGGCCUCCCGGGCCCUGCCCUCUGCCCACCCGUGGUCAGCCCUGACUGCGCACAGGCCCCGGAGCCUGGGGGUCACGGCCCGCCUGCCCCCGCCCAGGCCUGGCUGCGCUCACGGGCCGCCCGCCUCCCCAAGGACCCCAGCGCCCUCGCCCACACUGUGCACAUGCGGGGCGGCGGGGAGGCGCGCAGUUGUUUGGGAGCUGGGCUCGCGGGCGGGCGGGCGGAGCACCUGGAUUAGCCGCUCAGGUAACGCAGGUCUGGGGGAGCCCAUGACUCAGCAGUCUCUGGGGUAAAUCAUUGAACCGCAAGCCCAGCUCAGCCCGCAGCCGGCGGCCCCCGCCCGGCCAGACCCCGCGGCCCCGGCCCCGCCGACCAGCACAGCCGCCGCCGUCAGGGCUCCCGCAGGGACCUGGGGCGGCCAGCGCCGCUGUCGGAGCAGCCCUCCCAGCACAGACGCGGGGUCUCUGCAUCAGGGGGCAUCGGGGGCAGCCGGGGCCGUCUUCCUCCCUCCAAGCCCACGGUGCAGAGGUGACGCAAGGGCGGUUUUCCCCAGAGCGUGGCUCGCCAGGAUGGAGGUGUCCCCUGAGUGCCCGCGGCGGGGCGGGGGGCCGGUGCUGGUGCGCAGGCGGUCCCCGGUGCCCCUGGGCCUGCGCGAGACGCUCAAAGCCAGGCUGUGGCGCAGCUGCACGUGCAGCACGCGGGGCGCCUGGGCAUGGGUGCAGGAUCUGCUGCCCGCCACACGCUGGCUGCGCCAGUACCGGCCGCGGGAGGCCCUGGCGGGCGACGUCAUGUCGGGGCUGGUCAUCGGCAUCAUCCUGGUGCCCCAGGCCAUCGCCUACUCGCUGCUGGCGGGGCUGCAGCCCAUCUACAGCCUCUACACGUCGUUCUUCGCGAACCUCAUCUACUUCGUCAUGGGCACGUCCCGCCACGUGUCCGUGGGGAUCUUCAGCCUGCUGUGCCUCAUGGUGGGCCAGGUGGUGGACCGCGAGCUCCUGCUGGCCGGCUUUGGCCCUGCCCAGGACGGCCCCGGGCCCGCGGCCAACGGCAGCGCCGCCAACGCCUCCGCCUCCGCCGCGGGGCUCGGGCCGCCGGACUGCGGGCAGGACUGCUACGCCAUUCGCGUCGCCACCGCCCUCACCCUGGUGGCCGGGAUUUACCAGGUCCUCAUGGGCAUCCUCCGGCUGGGCUUCGUGUCCGCCUACCUCUCCCAGCCACUGCUCGAUGGCUUCGCCAUGGGGGCCUCGGUGACCAUCCUGACCUCCCAGCUGAGGCACCUGCUAGGCGUGCAGAUCCCGCGGCACCAAGGGCUCGGCAUGGUGGUCAGCACGUGGCUGAGCCUGCUGCGCUCCAUCGGCCAGGCCAACCUGUGCGACGUGCUCACCAGCGCCACGUGCCUGGUCGUGCUGCUGGCCGCCAAGGAGCUCGCAGACCGCUGCCGGCACCGCCUCAAGGUGCCACUGCCCACGGAGCUGCUGGUCAUCGUGACAGCCACGCUAGUGUCCCACUACGGGCAGUUCCACGAACGCUUCGGCUCCAGCGUGGCCGGGGACAUCCCCACUGGCUUCGUGGCCCCCCGGGUGCCGGACCCUGGGCUGAUGUGGCGCGUGGUGCUGGAUGCCGUGCCCCUGGCCCUCGUGGCGUCCGCCUUCUCCAUCUCGCUGGCGGAGAUGUUUGCCCGGAGCCACGGCUAUUCGGUGCGAGCCAACCAGGAGCUGCUGGCCGUGGGCUGCUGCAACGUGCUGCCGGCCUUCUUCCACUGCUACGUCACCAGUGCCGCCCUGAGCAAGACCCUGGUGAAGACGGCCACCGGCUGCCGCACGCAGCUGUCCAGCGUGGUCAGCGCCGCCGUGGUGCUGCUGGUCCUGCUGGCUCUGGCGCCGCUGUUCCGGGACCUGCAGCGCUGCGUGCUGGCCUGCGUCAUCGUGGUCAGCCUGCGGGGGGCCCUGCGCAAGGUGAGGGACGUGCCGCAGCUGUGGCGGCUCAGCCCGGCCGACGCGCUGGUGUGGGUGGCCACGGCGGCCACGUGCGUGCUGCUCAGCGUGGAGGCGGGGCUGCUGGCCGGCCUCGUCCUGUCUCUGCUCAGCCUGGCCGGCCGCACGCAGCGCCCCCGAGCGGUCCUGCUCGCCCAGAUCGGGGACACGGGCUUCUACGAGGACGCCGCGGAGUUCGAGGGCCUGGUCCCCGAGCCCGGGGUGAGGGUGUUCCGCUUCGCGGGGCCGCUCUACUACGCCAACAAGGACUUCUUCCUGCGGUCGCUGUACGGCCUCACGGGGCUGGAUGCCGGGCAGGCCGCCGCCAGGAGGAAGGAGCGGGGCCUGGGCGCAGGCGCGGGUGAGGGGGACGCCGUCGGGGGCGUGGACCUGGGCCCGGCGGGCAGCUCGGCCGCAUUGAUGCCCACGGAGGGCGGCUUCCACGCCGUCGUCAUCGACUGCGCCCCGCUGCUCUUCCUGGAUGCAGCCGGCGUGGCUACGCUGCGGGACCUGCGCCGGGACUACGGGGCCCUGGACAUCACCCUGCUCCUGGCCUGCUGCAGCCCCUUGGUGAGGAACACCCUGAGGAGAGGUGGCUUCCUCGGGGACGACCCGGGGGACGCGGCCGAGGAGGCGCAGCUGUUCCACAGCGUGCAUGGCGCCGUGCAGGUGGCCCGAGCCCGCCGCAGGGAGGCAGCAGCCACCGACUCCACCCUCUAGAGCCAGCGCCCGACCCCGGGGCCCCCGGCAGGCAGGCUCCGGCUCAGUCACCCGUGUCCAUCACCUCAACCCUCCAAGCGGAGGCUGUGCCCUCUGGCCUGGGGGAGCCAGGGAGCACACAGGGACCCAGGCCCGUUGAAGUCAAGAGCUUCAACAGUGGUCUUGCAAGUCAACGUGACGCCGGGUGUCACCGUCUUAUUUGAACAAGGGCCCCGACGUGGUCAGGAUGCCUCCCAGGUGCCAAUCGGGUACUGGUCCCUUGGCCUGUCCCGUGCCAGUCCCACCGCGGCCGGGGGUGCGAGGAUCUCUGUGUCUCUGGACUUCCAAACACACCCCUGGGUGUCCCCUAUGCCUGCAGCCUGCAGGGCAGGGCCCCUGGGCCGCGUUCCUCCAAGGCCUGACCGGUGAGCACAGGGCCGGGCUGCGUGGGUGUGUCCAGCCACGGAGCCACUGCAGGAGACACCACCUUGACCCUGAGCCCCUCAGUGAGCCCCGCGGGGAGCCAGCUGUGCCCAGUCCAGGGGCCGCCCGGCCCCCACACAGCCUCUCCACGAGGAACAGUGGACGAUGGGCCCCCCUCCCUCCUGCCUCCCGCCCACCUCCGCACCUGACCUGCCCCAGCCUCGCUCUCCAGCCCCCAGCCGGCUCUCCCAGCUGCCCACCACUCACCUGGCCGUGAUGAGCUCCAGCAGCCAGUGGGUCCGGACCUGCUCGAUGCCCCCGUGAGGGACAGCACCCACAUAGGCCAGGUUGAGCUGCUGGUCCCAGCUGAGGUCAUAGCGGUCAGCCUGGCUGUGCGGCAGGGGGGGGCUGGGGCAGAGCGAGGGGGCGGGCAUUAGUGCCCCCGACGGCCCGGGAGGCCCAGGACGCCAGGCUCCAGCAGCGGCCCGGGCAGUGCCUGCCAACCCCCGCUCCGCCCCGGAAUAAAAUGACCCCAAGAGCAGGAA